CCGCACUGCACUUUACCCCUCUAGGAAAAUUCCACCCCACUACAAAGCGCGAACCACCAAAGCCACGGGCAAACCUCUCCGCUGUGGUCGAGCUACCAAACAAAGCGUAGAUCCAAGUACCUAGGAAGAGAAAUUCCAACGAGAGAAAUCUAUUAUUUUGUUCCCUAUGUCCGGGUUAACCCUGAACAAAUUACCAUUUAACUAGGGCAGAGAGGGCUUGAUGAAACAUACAGAACCUAAUUCCCUUGCUCCGAAUUUCGGGUCGGACCGAAGUCGCCCGUAUCAGGGCUAUCAGUUGCUCAUGAACAAAAUGGCUUGUGACAAUCGGACCAUCUCAUUCUUAUAUGUUUGGAACAGAAUGCAAAGCCUGAGAUAAAGAAAAUAAAAGAAAAUAAAAAAAAUAUUACACCCCAUAGAACCUGAUGACUCACGGCGCCUCCUGUCAUUCCUAAAUCAAAUCUUGAACUCCUUGCAAAAUCAUCUUCUCACCAUCCUUCCGCCGAAAGCUGUCUUAUCAAUAACAGACCAUGACAGUUGCAACCACAGAGCAGGCGCAGGUGACGCCUACGGCUCAGCCCGUAAAGCAGACGUGGAAGCAACCAUCGCACCCAGACGCCAUCACAGUCCGGUCUUCGCCUGCUCUCGCCUCGGGCUCAGAAGCCGCCGUUGAAGGUCCCUCCUUCAAUCUCACUGCAGUGGCCAGCAAGAAUAUCCCAGCUAAUACCCUCAUCGCGAAGAACACGUCCACCACUCUCGCCUCAGAAAAGGACUACUCCACCGUUCAAAUCUCAGCAACGCAUCAUAUCAGACUGAACUCGGAUCUACUAUACUGCAACCAUUCGUGUGACCCCAAUGUCCGUUUCGUAACGUCAACGCUCGCUUCACCCAACGUCGGGCUGGAAGAACAGGUUUCCGGUGCAAUUGAAGUUUGGAGCACGAGAGAUAUUCCGGCUGGAGAGGAGCUUCGAUUCUUCUACCCAAGCACAGAAUGGGAGAUGGCACAGCCGUUUCGCUGCUCAUGUGGCGCGGAGAAAUGUCUGGGUUUGGUCGAUGGUGCGAAAAAGGUUUCUACGGAGGUGCUGAGGAGGUACUGGCUCAGUGGACAUAUCGAGUCCUUACUGAACGAGAGGGAUGGACUGAAUUGAUUUUUCUACCGAGCGACGUUCUACCCCUCUUUGGGCCAUCUGGGAAUGAAAUAUUUAGGUGCUUUGAAUAUGGACGGGGGAAACUUUCGCCGCUCACUUCUUUCUGGGUGCAUGAACAAGAGGGCCAGCGGGAAAAUAGGGAAACAAGAGCGAAAAUAAUAUAUAUACAACUGAGGCUGAAGCUAUGGACAACUAAAUAUAUUAGGAGGAGUGCGCGAUAUAUACAACAUACAUAACUGAAUAGAGGGCAUUAUGUACAUACAUGUACAGACUAGACAUGACUAUAGUGGUUUUAAUACAAGGCAUCUUCCAACACCAUUUCAAUA